UGCUGGCAAACCGAAAAUCUUCGGAUUCCAAUUCCAGUAAACCUCACCUCUUCCUUUCCUCAGUGUACUUUUCGUGGAAGUUCCAUACCAUCCACAACAAUCGCCAUUCUCCAAACUCCAAUUCUCUUGCAAAUUCAUGAUCCAAAUGUAGUUUAAACCGACGAACACGGAUAUAAAUUCAUUCAUUUCAUUCGAUACAGAGGAUUCAUAAUAAUCUUGAUGGGUUAUCUUUCUUGUAAAGCAGAAUCUGCUAUCUCAACUGUCAAUUCCAAGACUACACCUUCAACCUUCUCCAAGAAAUCCCAUUACUAUUCUGAGAAAGAAAAGGAAAAGCCCAUAAAAAUCCAGGAAUUUAACUACAAUGAUCUUCAAGCAGCCACUAACAAUUUUUCCGACCAAAAGCUAUUGGGCAGGGGCAGUCAUGGUCUUGUUUACAAAGGAGUUCUUCAAGGCCGUCUUGUGGCCAUCAAGAAGCCCUCAAGAGCUGCACAAAUGUCGGUGACAGAUAACCCAAAUGAAGUAGAGAAUGAAAUCGAUAUUUUGUCAAAGCUGCAGAGCCCAAGACUAGUUAAUCUUGUUGGAUUCAGUAAGAAUGAUUCCCUAGAUCACCUCUUAGUCGUCGAGUUCAUGAGAAACGGGACACUUUUUGAUGUUUUGCAUUCGAGUUCCCGGCCUCUCACUUGGGGAAGAAGGAUAAAAUUGGCUUUACAAACUGCGAAAGCCGUUGAUACCCUCCAUUCUUCAAGUCCUCCAGUAAUUCAUCGUGAUAUCAAGUCGGCCAAUGUGUUGAUAGACCGGAAUUUUAAUGCAAGGUUGGGGGAUUUCGGUCUAGCUUUGAGGUGUGUGGAUGAUUAUAGGUUAAGAUCAACUCCCCCAGCAGGGACAAUGGGUUAUUUGGAUCCUUGUUAUGUGACCCCUGAUAAUUUGAGUACUAAAACUGAUGUGUUUAGUUUUGGAAUAUUGCUUUUGGAGAUAAUUAGUGGGAGAAAAGCUAUUGAUAUGGGGCACUCGCCGCCUUCCAUCAUUGAUUGGGCUAUUCCAUUAAUUAGGAGAGGAAAAUUGUUGUCCAUUUAUGAUCCCAGGAUUGAACCACCCAAGGAUGCUUCUGUGAGGAAGCAGUUGGCAGUGGUAGCUGCAAAAUGUGUGAGAUCUUGUAGGGAGAGGAGGCCUACAAUGAAGGAGGUGGUAGAGUGUCUAAGUGGGUUGAGUAAGCUGGUUCCAAUCCGCUCGUGGAACGGUUUUGCUAAUCCUUGUUUGAUGGUUGAUACUGUGGGAAGACCAGUGGAGUCAAGAAGUGUCCAGGUGAUUUCAAAGGGAAAUGGGGCUGGAGAUCGGAAUAUGGAUGGUGGGGAUCCCAAAGUUGGACGACCAUUGAGGAACUCGGGGAGAGUGUACUCUGACUUGGGAUUUAGGAGCAAUUUGUUGGACUUAAUGUCUGGCCCUGAUGGGGAGUCUGAGUUUCAUGGUGAGAAUGGUGGGAUAGAACCUAAACCGGACUAUGGCAAACGAGCUCCAAGUUUAAGAUUUCAAAGUGGGAGGUCUAUUGGCCAAAGUAAUCCGUCUAAGGUUCUUGGGUAUAAUAAAGGUCGUGUGUCUUGCAUAAAGAGAAAUGACUCAGUUGGAGAGAAUUCAAAGCCGUUCUAUAGAAAAUAUUAAAAAAUUGCAGGAUCAAGUUCUGUUUCUAUGCUGCUGAUCCAAGCCGAUGUAGUGUUGAAGAAUUCUUUGGACUUCUUGCUAUUUGACGUCCAAACGAGAUGUUAUCUAACGUUGUGUAGAAUGCAUUCAAUUGAAUAGCCUGUGUGUUAUUUGUCAUCUGUUCAGUCAAAGACAGAUUAGCUCAAGUGUAAAUUGUGAUGCACUGCUGGUGCAUUCUCGAUAUAGAUCCGUGUGUUCUUUAAGAGCUGAUGAAUAACCGAAAAUGCAGUUGUUUUAAUUUUUGAGCAAAGAAAAUCUUGGUAGGCAAAUUUGUUCAGAUUUACUUGAAAAUGCCGCUAGUUUAAUGGUUUUUCUAUGGUUGUUACCUCAUUUCUGAGAGUUAAGUGCUCUGUUUGAUUUGUAUCUUGGUUUUUUCAUUGAAAUAAAGUUUGUUUCACUC